CUCUCUAUAUCGUCCUCACACAAUUCAGUUUCACUCUAUAUCAAAUCUGCUUCAAGAUUCAUAUAAAGAAAAAGCAGGUUUUCUGUUAUAAUGGCUCGAGAUUCCGAUCGAAUGGAUUUACAUGCUGAUGAUGUUUUAUUUGGUCGAGAGAAUGAUGUUUUUGGUUUUGAGUAUUCAACAAUGUCCAAUGUUAAUCCUGGUGUUUCUUUCUCUGAAACAUUAAUUGGUGAUGUUGGAGGAAUCAAUAGUUCAAUGGGGCUGUUUUCUGGGACUGAUGUGGGUGGGUUACACAUGAACUCAGGGUGUAAUUUUACGAUUAAUCGCGGUGAAAAAGAGGGUUUUUAUCAAGAAAAAUUUAAUGGUUUGGCGGAUGGAGGAAUGUUGGGUGUUGCUGAUAGAGGGUGUGAUGGGAAAGUAGGAAAAUUUUCACAUGGGCCGGUGCAGAAUGAAGAUGAGAGAACUGUGAUUCAAAGUACUGGUGGAGGUUGUGCAGUGUCUGAUAAAGAUCUGGUUUUUGGAUUGAAUGAUGGUGUUCAGAUUGAACAAGAUUGUGAGAAUGCGGCGAACGUUGCAGAAGCGUCGUUGGAUAUGGAAAAUUUGUUUUCGAGAAAGGCCUUUCUGUCGGAUGCACAAGUAAAUGCGAUUCAGAAUUAUAUGCAAUACAGCUCUUGUGGUUUAGAUCUUGUUGUGGAUUUUAAUUUUUACAAAAACGCUCAGGAGGGUAAUGAUAGUGUGCCAAGAGAUUCGGUGUUUUCCGAUGUUAAUUUCCGUGUAUCUGAUUUAGUUUGGGGGAAGGUUAGCGGGCAUCCUUGGUGGCCUGGUCAGAUCUAUGAUCCCUCAGUUGCAUCAGAGACAGUAAAGAGUUACUGGGAAGAGGACUGUUACCUGAUAGCAUAUUUUGGGAGUCAAAAAUUUGCUUGGAAUGAAGUUUCAACAAUAAAGCCAUUUUAUAAACAUUUCUCCGAAAUGGCGAAACAGACCGAUUGUGAAAGUUUCCGCUUUGCUGUUUAUUGUGCUCUAGAGGAAGCCUCAAGACAGGUUGCGUUGGGCCUGUCUUGUCCUUGUUUGCCCAAAGAAGCGUCUUCUAACCUGAAGACGGAAGUAGUUGCUAAUGCUGAAAUCUGUAAACAAUCUUUUGAACCUGCAGAGCUUCUCAGUUUUGUGCAAUCGUUAGCUCAGUCACCACUUACUGAAUUCGAUAGACUAGAUUUGGUAAGUGCUCGUGGCCAAGUGUCGGCUUUCUAUCGCUCAAAAGGCUAUUCGCAGCUGCCUGAGUUUGCAGUGCAUGAUCGGUUGUUUGUACCUGAUAUGGAAAUUCUACCUGUAAGAGAAGAAGAGCAGUGCAAUGAUCAAGUUUUGCAAACAGAUCAAUGCUUUUUGCCCGAUUUGAUAUCCGAGAAGAACUUACAGACUCCAUGGGGUGAAUUUACUUUAGAAAAGAAAGCUGGUGAUAAUAUCACUUCACGACGUGGCAGGAAACGGAAGACGUCUCAGGAUCCUUCUUAUGAUUGUUUCCAGGAUGAUAAAUCUACUUCACGACGUGGCAGGAAACGGAAGACGUCACAGGAUCCUCCUUAUGAUUGUUUGCAGGAUGAUAAAUCUACUUCCCGGCGUGGAAGGAAACCGAAGGCAGCUUACAAAACUUCUGAUGAUUGUUUCCAGAAUUUCCAGACUAAUGUUAACAAUUCAAUUCCGCGCAAGCGUGGCAGAAAACCGAAGUUAGCUUGCAAUACUUAUGACAAUUGUUUCAAUAAUUCUCAAACCGGAAACAGCACUGAAUUUCAGAAUGCAUCAGUAGAUGAUAUGUGGUCUCAACUAUGCUUUGCUGCCAAAGAUCCUGCAGGAGAGAGUUGCUACACUGAUAUGAUACAUUACUUUGCAGAUUUUAGAAAAGUCACUGGCCGAAACAAUUCUGCUUUCCUCGAGCAGGGAUUUUCUUUAGAACAAAAGUGUGAUGGUGAGACUGAAGCAAUAACCUCUAUAGAAGCUGCAGCAGUAGCUUCUGUGUCAGCACCAAUGGAUCCUAGCUCUAUAGAAGCUACUGCAGUAGCUUCUGUGUCGGCACCAAUGGAUUGUUCUAUAGAAGUAGCUUCUGUGUCAGCACCAAUAGAUCCUAGCUCUAUAGAAGCUGCUGCAGUAGCUUCUGUAUCGACACCAAUGGAUCGUUCUAUAGAUGUAGCUUCUGUGUCUACCCCAAUGGAUUUUAGCUCUAUAGAAGCAGCUGCAGUAGUAGCUUUUGAGUCAACACCAAUGGAUAUGGAACUUAGCUCUAUAGAGGAUGCUGCAGUACCUUCUGUGUCGACCCCAUCUAUAGAAGAUGCUGCAAUAGCUUCUGUGUUGACCCCAGUGGAUCCUGACUCUAUAGAAGCUGCUGCAGUAGCUUCUGUGUCAACCCCAAUAGAUCUUGGCUCUAUAGAAGCUGCAGUAGCUUCUGUGUCAAAACCGAUGGAAGUUGGAGUAAUUACCUCUAUAGAAGCUGCUGCUACUGCGACGACACCAAUGGAAGUUUGCAAUGAUUCUAUUUUAGAAGAAGAGACGUUUUUAAAUAAACAAGAAAGAGAGGAUGUUAGCAGUACUACCGGUUUAGUGCAUGAUGGAAAUCUCGUAUCAGAACCUUUCACUCAUGUGGAACAACAAAACCUCAGAUCAGAACUUUUGCCACCUGAUGAAAUUAGCUUUAAUAACGGUUUAACCCAUCAAAACAUGGAGGAACAUACGAGCAAAAGUUAUCAAAACAUGGAGGAACAUACGAGCAAAAGUUAUCAAAACAUGGAGGAACAUGCAAGCAAAAGUUCUCCGACAAAUCGUGCAUCAGAACUUUUCAAUGAGGUGGAACACGCGAAAGAAAGUUCUCUGACAGCCAAUGAGGAGGUGGAACAUGCGAAAGAAAGUUCUCCGACCAUCAAUGAGGUGGAACAUGUGAAAGAAAGUUCUCCGACAGCCAAUGAGGUGGAACAUGCGAAGGAAAGUUCUGCGACAGCCAAUGAGGUGGAACAUGCGAAAGAAAGUUCUCCGACAGCCAAUGAGGUAGAACAUGGGAAAGAAAGUUCUGCUACAGCCAAUGAGGUGGAACAUGCGAAAGAAAGUUCACCAACAGCUUUUAUUUUGAAAUUCACAAACUUCGAUUGGGGUCCUUCAGCAACAUAUUUGAACCAAAUAUUUGCCCGGUUUGGGCCGCUAAUUGAAUCAAAGACUGAACUAUUAGAGAGAAAUAAAUGCGUCAGGGUUGUUUUCAAAAGACGCAUUGAUGCAGAGAAUGCUUUUAGCAGUGCUGGAAAGUAUAGCAUAUUUGGAUCUUCACUAAAAAGUUAUCGACUCAAGAUUUUGCCUCCUCCUAUGCCAAAGAAAGCCACAGGAAAGAAGCGAGGCAGAAAAAGCAAAAGGGAAAUUGCUUCCAUGAACACCGUGACAGUUUGAUUUCUUGACAUUUUAAUAUUUGAGUUCCUGUGAAUAUCAUUGACAUUCUUAC